GCAUACCGAUUCCUAAGCAACAAUAACAACCAAGAGCCGAGUUACCGUGGUUUAGUGCGACUGAAUAGGAAUCUUUCACAUACUAGUAUAUGUGAAGAAUGUGUGCUUUGAGACGGUUGUUUAGUUAUGCGACUCAGAAUCAAGUCAGAACAGGCUGUUUGUGUGUUUGUCGAAGGAAAUUUUCAGUUGACUUCGUACCAAACUUAGAUCCAUCGAACUUCAAGCCACAAAAAGUUUUAAUUCUUACAAAACUUUCAAGAUAUGAAUUUGAGAAGAGACGUCAUCCAGAGCUCACUGAGAGAGAAUUGGAGACCCGACUGAGAAGCAGAGGCUCUGAUUACAAUAUGUUGUUGUAUCAUCACUACAUUCAUAAGCCUUUUUCCAUGAUGGAGCAAUGUGGUCAGUGUGUUGUACCAUCAGGAAUGGGAAUUUUUUGGCAUCACUCCAUUCGAAGAAUACCUAUUUUAGGCUUAGACCUGUUGAGCAUCAAGGAAAAAAAUAUGGUUUAUUUGGAAAGGGGGCCUUCUGGUGUAGAAAAUACUGUCAACAGUGUAUUUACAGCAGCAGGAAUUGAAACAAAAGUUGUAUAUCGCUUUGACUAUUCUGAUCCAAACAUAGAGUGGGCUGAUGCCAUUGUUACCACAGGAGGAGAUGGAACUUUUCUGUUGGCUGCUUCAAGAGUGCUAGAUAGGAACAAGCCCCUUAUUGGGUUCAAUUCUGAUCCCAUGAGAUCAAAAGGAAAGUUAUGUCUUCCACAAAAAUAUUCUGUAGAUGUCAGAGAAGCAAUUGACAAGUUACUUAAGGGAAAAUUCCGAUGGACAUUCAGAAGUAGAAUUCGUGUGACAUUGAUUGGAGACAACAUUUAUAAACCCCCUGUUGAGCUUCACGAUCAGCAGUUGUUACAUCCAGAAUACAGAUACCUUGACAUAGAUAUGCAGCUUCGUACAAUGGAAAAGGAAGUUCCACCAUGCUCUGAAUCAGGCCUAGCAAGAAGAGUUCUUCCAGUCCUAGCACUAAAUGAGGUGUUUAUUGGAGAAUGUGUUUCUGCCCGUGUUUCUUAUUUGGAAUUGAGUUUUGAUGGGAGUAAAGGAAUAAAACAAAAAUGUUCGGGGCUCAUUGCCAGCACAG